CUUACACUAUGCGCGCUCUCAAUUUUCGCACCCUGGCCUGCAAUUCUUUUGUGUGCUCUUUUUCAUGACUCAAAGGCAGCUGACUGUGUGCAUUGAAACGAAGUCAUCGUAGUGACGUAGCGCGACCGUAUGGCGCGAGAGUGACUCCCAUUCCAUCUCGGGGACGACGAUUUCUGUACGCUAGUCCCGCACGAGGCUUUUCGACGGCCCUCGCUCCCGCCUCGUGAACGACAUCGUAUCGCUCGAAGACUUUCGUAUCACAAGAAUUCCACCCCAGCACCACCAAGCCCUUUCUGAGUGCACUGGCUCUCGGCAAAAAAAAAAAAAAUUAGAAUACUAUACAGCGCUCGAACGUACGACUGAGUGGCCGCUGAUACAAGUCUAUUAACAAGAUAACUCCUUAACUAGAAAGUCCAGACUCAUCUCAAUUGGAACCACUAUCAUUCAAGUGAGAAGGGAUAAAGUCGACGCAAACCCUCUCCCCCCUUGACACCUUCACGAGUGACUAGCCUGUCGACAGGCUUUCAGAACUCUUCCUUCCGCACUACCGUGCCGUUCAAAACAUGUCGGUGGAGACAGGAAGUGGGGUUCAGUGCGGGGAGGCAGAAAUCGAGGAGCUCUUCAAGAAAGGCCUGAAAGAGCACGAAGAGUUCAGCAAAGAGAUGUGCGCGUGGAGCGAAUGUUCGCUACGCGGCCAAGCGCUGGACUUUCGCGAGCUCAAAGAGGAGGACGCCCGCGUGCUUCGGAGCAUGUUGACCUCGGGUCGGCCCGUCAGGAAGCUUUCCAUGUGGGAAACCUCGCUCGGCGCGUUCAAGAUCGCGUUCGAGGACCUCGAAGGUUGCUCCUCGCUCGAAGAGCUGCACAUGUUCGACAUCGACUGCGAUGAGCAAGAUUUCGGCGUCAAGCUUACCGGGAUCUUCGAGAACUUGCAUUCUCUGGAACUGUACUGCCCGAACAUCAGGGCGGCGUUCGCGAGGGACAUUGCCGCUUUUCUACAAGACAACAAGAAGCUGAAGGAUUUCACUCUUGGUUACUCCUGCGGAGGCGACGAAGGUGCCGCAGCCAUCAUCGAAGCACUAGAGACGAACGACACACUCACGAGAUUAACCUUGGUGGACGUGAAGUUGUCUUCGGAGACAGUCAUCGCGUUUGCGAAGAUGCUGACGGCAAACACGACGCUAGAGGUGGUUGACCUCUUCGACUCGUUUCUCGUGGAAGCGGGAAAGGUGUCGGCGUUGCUGGAGCAAGACCUCUACAAAGACGUCUUCAAGAGGCUCCGCAUCCUGUGGACCGAGGAACUGCUGCCCAUACUGACGGAUCUCAUCCGCCGAAAGGCCUGUUGGCACGAGCUCUCUCUCCGCGUCAGUGCUUCAGUGGAUCGCGGCAUCCUACGGGAUUUCUUCGAUGCCGUGGCCGAGGACACGACCGCGACCUUGCUGCACUUCUACCCAAACGAGGACUCGACGUUCGACGAACUCGCUGAUGGCAUCGCCUCGGUCGUUAAAAGCACGAAGACACUCCAAAAGAUUCAGAACCUCAUGCGCGUAACUCGGGGCAAUGAACAACAGCUGAUCGACGUUCUGGACGCCCUAAAGGAUAACCGGUCGGUGACGAUGUUCAACAUGAAUUCCGACGCGCUGACGCCCGAAUUGGCGACGUCGCUGUCCGAGUUGCUGGCCGUCAACGACACCUUGAACGAGGUCUUGGUCUGCCAGCAUUAUGACAUCACCGGGGACAUCUUGGCAACUAUUCUGGAAGGUCUGAGACAAAACUACACCGUGACGCUGCUAAUGGUUUCCUGGGACCCCGACGACGACAUCGAAGGCGUCCCCGAGAUGAAGGAGCUUCUGAAAAGGAACGCUCGUCUUCACGAGAAGGCGGCCGACUUUGUCAGCGCUGGCGGCGACACCAAGAAGGACGCUGAAGGAGCGGAUGCGCUUAAGAAAGUGCGAAAGAGCGCCAAGCUCGUUGAAAGGGUCCAGGGGCUGACGGGAAAGACGAGCGAAGCUGCGUUGGAAAUGGUGCAGGCGGCCUUAAAGACCGUGUUGUAAAGAUAAGACGUGUCUUACACAAAACGUGCAGUGUGGUGUGGGUUGAUUUAAGGCUUUAAGAACGUAUGUACGCGUGGCGUGUGCUACGGAUAAGAACCUAUUGCGAUUGACGCUCGGUUGCUCAUUGGUAAGAAGCAGACUAACUCUCCCACCGGCGGAACAAUUGCCGUGAGCACUUCACGCUCCCAGGUGGGCCUUGCUAUGAGCUGACUCGUAGCCCUAGAAGUUUUGCACCAUUCAUCGGAAGAUGAUCAGCGUAUUGUGCCGAAUAAUGAAAUGUUGAGCUUUCGGUUUGUGGUGAAAUGAUUCAUAAUUUGUUUUGAUUGAUAUGUGGGGUUUAACGUCCCAAAACCACCAGUGGUGAAAUGAUUGAGGCUUCUUCAUUUUGUGCAUAAAUAAAUGGGACGUUGCGAUAUGCUUCGAGUGA